CAGGAACUCAUGCAGCCAAACUUUGGGUUCAAUGGAACAACCAUUACUGAGUUCGUCCUUCUGGGAUUGGUGGAAACACCAGAGUUGCAACCAGUUGUCUUUGUCCUCUUCCUCUUGGCCUACCUGGUCACAGUUGGGGGGAACCUCAGCAUCCUGGCAGCCAUCUUGGUGGAGUCCAAACUCCACACUCCCAUGUACUUCUUCCUAGGGAAUCUAUCAGUGAUGGAUGUUGGGUGCAUCAGUGUCACUAUUCCCUCAAUGUUGAGUCGUCUCUUGUCCCACAAGCGAACAGUCCCCUAUAAAGCCUGCCUUACUCAGCUUUUCUUCUUCCAUCUGCUGGUUGGUGUGGACUGCUUCUUGCUGACAGCCAUGGCUUAUGACCGAUUCCUGGCCAUCUGCAGGCCCCUCACUUACAGCACCCGCAUGAGUCAGACAGUGCAGAAAAUAUUGGUGGCUGUGUCCUGGGUUUGUGCCUUCGCCAAUGCACUGACCCAUACUGUAGCCAUAUCCACACUCAACUUCUGUGGCCCCAACGUGAUCAAUCACUUCUACUGUGACCUCCCACAGCUCUUCAAGCUCUCCUGUUCCAGUACCCAACUUAAUGAGCUUCUGCUCUUUGCUGUGGGUUUCAUAAUGGCAGGUAGUCCAAUGGCUCUUAUUGUCAUCUCCUAUGCCCACGUGGCAGCUGCGGUUCUACGAAUCCGUUCUGCUGAGGGCAGGAAGAAAGCCUUUUCCACAUGUACCUCCCACCUCACUGUGGUUGUUAUAUUCUAUGGUUCAGGUAUCUUUAACUACAUGCGACUAGGUUCUACCAAGCUCUCAGAUAAAGAUAAAGCUGUUGGAAUUUUUAACACUGUCAUCAACCCUAUGCUGAAUCCAAUCAUCUAUAGCCUCAGGAAUCCUGAUGUGCAGAGUGCUCUCUGGAGAGUACUCAUGGGAAGGCGUUUACUGACUUGA